ACGACGGCGGCGCCAGGGGUAGCAGCGGCGGGAGCUAUCGGCUGCGGCGGCGAAGCGGGAGCCCCAGCACAGCGGCGGCGGCGGCGGCGGAAGCGGCGCCGGAGCCCGGCGGGCACCCACCCAUCAUGCCGACUGUGGAAGAGCUUUACCGUAACUACGGCAUUCUCGCCGACGCCACGGAGCAAGUGGGGCAGCACAAAGAUGCCUAUCAGGUGAUCUUAGAUGGUGUAAAAGGAGGCACCAAGGAAAAAAGAUUAGCAGCACAGUUUAUUCCGAAAUUCUUCAAGCAUUUCCCAGAAUUGGCUGAUUCUGCUAUUAAUGCACAGCUUGAUCUCUGUGAAGAUGAAGAUGUGUCAAUCAGGAGACAAGCGAUUAAAGAACUACCCCAAUUUGCUACCGGAGAAAACCUUCCUCGAGUGGCGGACAUUCUGACUCAGCUUUUGCAGACAGAUGAUUCUGCAGAAUUUAACCUGGUGAACAACGCCCUGCUGAGUAUAUUUAAGAUGGAUGCUAAAGGGACUUUGGGAGGCUUGUUCAGCCAGAUUCUUCAAGGGGAAGACAUUGUCCGAGAACGAGCAAUCAAAUUCCUUUCCACAAAACUGAAGACUUUGCCAGAUGAAGUAUUAACAAAGGAAGUAGAAGAACUCAUAUUAACAGAGUCUAAGAAGGUCCUUGAAGAUGUGACAGGUGAGGAAUUUGUUCUCUUCAUGAAGAUCCUCUCUGGGUUAAAAAGCUUACAGACAGUCAGUGGAAGACAGCAGCUCGUGGAGUUAGUGGCUGAACAAGCCGAUUUGGAGCAGACUUUCAACCCAGCUGAUCCAGACUGUGUGGACAGACUUUUACAGUGCACAAGGCAGGCGGUCCCACUCUUCUCUAAAAACGUUCAUUCCACAAGGUUCGUGACUUAUUUCUGUGAACAUGUUCUGCCAAAUCUCAGCUCCUUGACUACUCCGGUGGAAGGCCUUGAUAUACAGUUAGAGGUUUUGAAAUUACUUGCAGAAAUGAGUUCGUUUUGUGGUGACAUGGAGAAAUUAGAAACAAAUUUAAAGAAACUAUUUGAUAAAUUGUUGGAAUACAUGCCACUCCCUCCAGAAGAAGCAGAAAAUGGGGAGAAUGCUGGCAAUGAAGAGCCUAAGUUACAGUUCAGCUAUGUAGAAUGUUUGUUGUACAGUUUUCACCAGCUGGGCCGAAAGCUUCCAGAUUUCUUGACAGCCAAGCUAAAUGCAGAAAAACUGAAAGACUUCAAAAUCAGGCUGCAGUACUUUGCCCGAGGUUUACAGGUUUAUAUCAGACAACUUCGUUUGGCUCUCCAGGGGAAAACAGGUGAAGCCUUAAAAACAGAAGAGAACAAAAUUAAAGUUGUUGCUUUGAAAAUAACGAACAACAUCAAUGUUUUAAUCAAGGAUCUCUUUCACAUUCCUCCUUCUUACAAGAGCACAGUGACAUUGUCUUGGAAACCUGUUCAGAAAGCUGAGAUGGGUCAAAAAAGGACAAAUGAAGAUACAACUUCAGGUUCACCACCCAAAAAAGCUGCAGCAGGACCAAAACGGGAUGCUAGACAAAUUUAUAAUCCUCCUAGUGGAAAAUACAGCAGCAAUCUGGGCAACUUUAAUUAUGAGCAGAGAGGGGGCUUCAGGGGAAGUAGAGGUGGCCGAGGUUGGGGAGGACGAGGAAAUCGUAGUCGGGGAAGACUCUACUGAAUACAUCACAUUCUUCAGCGCUGUCACAAGCUUAAAAACACUCUUAAACUACCAUUCAUUGGGUUGCUGGGAAUAGCCCUUUAAAGACUGCUGCCUUCAGGUAAAGACUUCAAUGUGUUCUUUGUACCUUUGUAUGUCUGAUCUACUUUUCUAACUGAAUACAGACGUGUCCAAGGAGAAAUCACAGCUGUAUAUUUGGAUGCUUUUGUCAGCAAAUUUGCAUUUUUCGCAGUGUCUUCAGGGUUUAUUCAAACUUGGAAACCACAUUGUAUAUGGUUUCUCUCAAAACAUCUUGACAGUUUAUAUAUUAACCAGAGAGCUGUUUGUGCUAAAACCAUGUAAUAUAAUGUAAGAGUCUGAUAAAUGAUAGAAAGGAACAUUCAUGAAGGCUCAUGUCAGUUAUGAUGUGUUGCUAGUUUUCCUCUCCCCUCCAUCCUCCUCCUACCCAAUAUAUGGAGAAGAGUGUAAUUGUCAAUGUUCACAUUCUUUUUGCUUUUAUUUCUUUUACUGAGCUGCCAUGCACUGAUGCAGCUCUACCACUUUCUUUGUCAUAAAUGGAAAAUCUUUUACCAGCUUUUUCUUAAAUGCAGACCUUAAUUUAGUUAAUAUCUGGGAGUGACAUUAAUGGGGCAAAGUAAGUUGCUUUUACACUGCUUACAUAAUUCUUCUCCAUGUGUUGUGAUGCAAACUUAUUUGGAAUAUGGGAUUUUAAUGUUCAGUAUAAAAAUAUGUGUGUGCACAUAUAUAUAUAUACAUAUAUAUAUAUGCUGUGAAACUUUACUAUACAAAACAAAUCAAUAAAGAAUAGAAACACUCCAGGAUUGGGUAUUGUGCUGCAGUGAUUGUCCUCUUUUGGAGUAAGUUGGUCAAGUUUUCCCCCCAACAGUGAGGGGUUGUGAGUCAGCUUGCACUUAACAUUAUUGUUAUUUAAAAAUAAAAACACGUAAAAACUAUAUAUAUACAAAAAGAAACCAUAUUUUGGAGAGCUGUUUUGGAAAAAUAUAACCAAAUACUAAAUCUGACUUGAGUAGCAUCCUUCACAGUGUGAGUGGUGUAACCUAGGAUUCUGUUGACCAGAGCUUCCCUGGAAAAAAUAUUUCAAGAGUGGAUAAUAAGGAAAAGAUGCUCUCUUAGUUUUGCUUUACCACUUUUGGAAUUUUUAACUUCUCAGGUUAAUCAAAAUUAAAAUUAAACAUAGAAUAAGUUAUAAGUGGAUGAAGCAAAUCUUAGAUGACAUCACCAGACAUGAGUAUGAGGAGUUUUCAAAUGUCAUAGGUAUUUUUAAUAGCAUAGGCUUUUUCAUAUAUGUGUAUAUAUAUAUAUUUUUUUUUUUUGGUUCAACAGUUAGUCUUUCCUUCCCCUAGUUUUCACCCCAAAAUCAAAUGCCUGGAUGAUAUUUUCCAGGUAUUAUUCAUGUCUUUGUGGGGAAUAGUUUGUGAUUCCAAUGCAGGUGUCUUCAUUAAUGUUCAUUGUUGUGCUUUAGUAGUUAUCACUGCAUUGGGAAAAAAGGAUAGUCCCUUGUUGGUUCUACUGCACAUUCUUAUGGGGAAAAAAUAUUUUUUAAAGGCUAGAAUAAUGAUAACAAGUGAGCAGAGGUAAUUGACCAGUUUGAAGUGGUGGCAAUAAUAUUCAAACAUUCCAUAAGCUUCUGAAUUGAACCUAAACUCACUUGGAAUCUGGACAAACAUAGGAAUAAAUAUUUACCAUUGAGAAAGAUGUAACCAGCUAGUCUGGCUCUUAGACUUCAGACCAGCAGGUAGCCUAAAGGCCAUUUUGAAUGUAGAAACUGUAUUGGGACUACAUCUUUGUAAAUUUGGACAUUUUUAAUUCUUAUUUUCCUCUUUUGAUUUGGAGUACGUGUUUAGAUACUUAGAAGUGAGCAUAAGUGAUUUUGCUCACUGAAGUUUGAUGUUGAUUUAACUACUAUCUUCCUCUCUAUUCUCUUACUCCACUGCUACUGUUUCCCUACCCCUUAGUCCUUCCAGAGGCAAUAGUGUAUACUAUAGGAGGGUUAUUUUUGCUUCAAGAUUGAGAAUGAAAACAUCACAUGUGUGAUUAUUUUCCCCUUUAUAAAGACACCUGUUUAUCACCUUGUUCAAAUGUAAAUGUUCCCUAUGCUUUUGGAAUAAAUUCAUUUUGUAAUUUU